AUGAGUACUCUUUUUAAAUUAAAGUUGACUGCUCUUGGACAUCCAAACCCCGAGGGUUUUAGUUGUGAAGAUGAAAAGGAAUAUAGAAGUGUCGUCCUCUGGUUAGAAGAUCAGAAAAUUAGGCAUUACAAAAUUGAAGAAAGAGAAGGUCUUAGAAAUAUUGACAGUGACACCUGGAUUGAAGCUUACAAUACAUAUCAAAGAGAUUUAGUCAGCCCUGUAGUAGAGAAUACUUCAAAUGAACAGCUGAAUUGGCUGCUUUCAUAUGCUGUAAGGUUAGAAUAUGCAGAUAAUGUAACAAAAUAUAAGGAUGCAAAAGUAGAGCAACCUAAACAGGCAACUCCAAAUGUUGUUUCAUCAAAUCCUCUAGAUAAUUUAGACUUUUCCAGCCCAGCAUUUAAAGCAGGAGUGGAAAGGGUGUGUACAUUGACUGGAGUUGGUCCUCAUCCAGACCCUAAAGUACGCCUAUCCGCUGUUGCUAAGAUAUUAAAAACUGCCCCACAUCCUGACCAUCCUAGAAAUGAUAUGAAUGUGGUGCAACAACCAGUGGAUGUUUUGAAGCUUCUCUUUAUUCAAGAUCUUAGGGAAUUGCAAACGAAAAUCAAUGAGGCUUUAGUUGCUGUACAGACUGUUACUGCGGACCCUCGAACUGAUACAAAAUUAGGUAGAGUAGGAAAAUUU